GGGAGUGAGCACCGGCACCGAGUGUCUAUCCAGAUUUACAUUUAGAUAUCUCUAAAUUGGUCAUGUGGUAGAUGCUGCAUAUUAGUCGUGAAGCAGACUAGGUGGCUUAUUUUUUGAAGGUGUGAAGCGUAGCUUGGGACGUUGAAUCAUUUUUGCUUCACUUACCGGUUCUUUUUUGCUGUUUCACCCAUUCGACCGAUCGCUGACAGACGACACUAUUGGAGCACCGGGAUACGUUUAGAGCACCUUCACUGAAGCGCUGCGUUCCGAUCUUACAUUCCUGCGGAUUUUUUAUUUUUACUAUUUUCAGGAUUUCAUACAAAGGGACCCUUGCUGAUUUGCCAGGACGCCGUCAGACUCCUCUCUAAAGGUCAAGGAUGGCGGUGGCUGUGUGUGUAGCUGGUCUGCAGGCUGUCCUGUCUCUGCUCCUGCUUGGUAUGAGCGAGGCAUCCUCCAUAGUGAACAUGCGUAGAGUCACCCACCCUACCAUACGAGAGCCCCUGGCUGGCAUCGCCCACCUCCCCUGCGUCUUCACCCUCCAGCCCAGUGAGCUCAGCCCUUCCAGCCAGCCUCCCCACAUCCAGUGGACCCGAACCUGGAUACCGCAGGGUGGAGAGGGGGGUCCACUGGAGCAGAUGGUUCUCUCAGCGAAGGGUGAUAUGGUGAAGGUGAAUAAGCCUUUCGCUGGCCAGGUCAGGUUGCUUGGAUAUGCUGCUAACAACCUAAAUGCUACCAUGGAGAUCUCAGGCCUCCGUAGCAACGACACAGGCACCUACCAUUGUCAGAUUGUGGUUGCAGAUGACUACGAGCGAGACAUAGUGCCCCUUGUGGUCACAGGUGUGGUAUUCCAUUACUGGUCUCCUAGCGACCGUUACGCCCUCUCAUUUGAUGACGCUAAGUGGGCCUGUCAGGAGAACUCCGCCCUCAUCGCCACGCCCAACCAGCUGUGGGCAGCAUUCCAUGACGGUUACUCCAACUGUGCUGCCGGAUGGCUCUCUGACCAGACUGUCCGCUAUCCUAUCCAGUCACCAGAGCUUGGUUGCUAUGGACACCAGGAAUACUCAUCUGGUGUGAGGAAUUAUGGGAAAAGAGAUGCUAAUGAGCUGUUCGAUGUCUACUGUUUCAGCAGGGAACUGGAGGGUGAGGUAUUUCAUUCCUGGGUUCCUGGGCGUCUGUCUCUGUCCUCUGCCUCAGAACGCUGCGUCUCCCUGGGGGGACAAUUAGCCACGGUGGGACAGCUCUACCUGGCCUGGAGGACAGGGCUGGACGUCUGUGCUCCAGGCUGGCUCUCUGACGGCAGUGUCCGCUACCCUAUCACCCAGCCCAGGCAGGGCUGUGGAGGGGACCAGCCAGGGGUCCGGACCGUUGUACCCAACACCAAUGGAACCACAACUAGCAGCGGAUCAGCCAAUGCUACGGAUGCCAUACCACUCUAUGACGCCUAUUGCUACAGAGGGAACGUGAAGAAGCCAGGACCCAUCUCUAGGAUCUACACGUCUUUGUGGAAGCCUUGGAGCCAGCUGACCGGCUCCAGCCACUCAGACAACCUGGGAACAGACAGUCCUGCCCUGGCUACUGAGACCGCCAGCGGCACACCGACCACCGUCACAGAGAGCCAUAACCUUUCACCAUCUGAUGACCUCACACCCUCAAACUGGACCGGAUUGGUUGAUCUGGAGAAAGAGGCCCACUCUUCCACAGAUCCCUGGUCCUCAGAGUCCUCUGAGGGGUAUGUCACCCUGCAGUUGAGCCCAGGAGAGAGCUCUCUAGCCUGGGGAGACCUGGGAGACAUGGACCCUGACUCUGGAGCUUUCCUCAGACCUCCAGCCACACCCAGCCCCAGCCCAAGUACUACCACUCAGGAAGAACUAUCACCCUCGACCCCAGCUGACAGAAAGGUGAUGGCCAAGAUAGUGAAGUCCAUGUGGAAGCCGUGGAACUACCUGGCAGAAGGUACCCCAGGUACAGGCAGUCCAGAGGGGGAGAGAAAGGGAAGUGCAGCAGGGACUCUGACAGACAGUGUGGCUGUACCCACCGGCUCUCCUGCUCCAGGUUUAUCCUCAUGGGGUGGUGGGUGGUGGGAUGGCUCAGGACUGGGGGACCUAGAUGAUACCCCACCCACUGGUGAGCCGUCGUCCUCCGCUGGUGAGCCGUCGUCCUCCGCUGGUGAGCCGUCGUCCUCCGCUGGUGAGCCGUCGUCCUCCGCUGGUGAGCCGUCGUCCUCCGCUGAUGAGCCGUCGUCCUCCGCUGGUGAGCCGUCAUCCUCCGCUGGUGAGCCGUCGUCCUCCGCUGGUGAGCCGUCGUCCUCCGCUGAUGAGCCGUCGUCCUCCGCUGGUGAGCCGUCAUCCUCCGCUGGUGAGCCGUCGUCCUCCCCUGGUGAGCCGUCGUCCUCCCCUGGUGAGCCGUCGUCCUCCCCUGGUGUGCCGUCGUCCUCCCCUGGUGUGCCGUCGUUCUCCCCUGGUGUGCCGUCGUCCUCCCCUGGUGUGCCGUCGUCCUCUCCUGGUGAGCCGUCGUCCUCCCCUGGUGUGCCGUCGUCCUCCCCUGGUGAGCCGUCGUCCUCCCCUGGUGUGCCGUCGUCCUCCCCUGGUGUGCCGUCGUCCUCCCCUGGUGUGCCGUCGUCCUCCCCUGGUGUGCCGUCGUCCUCCCCUGGUGAGCCGUCAUCCUCCCCUGGUGUGCCGUCGUCCUCCGCUGGUGAGCCGUCGUCCUCCCCUGGUGAGCCAUCAGCCUCCCCAGCCCUGCUCACCUCUACCCCUGCCACAGAGAACCAGUCCUCUGCCUCCACCUCCACCACUGGAGGGUGGGAGGCUAUCCCAGACACAUGGGUCCAAGUGACCCCAUCAAUAGGUGUGACCUCACCCCAGCCGGGUUAUAGGAGAAUGGAAGAGGUUACCACUAGUACCACUAGAGCAGAUAGCAUAGCCACCGCUGGGAGCGGGAGAGCGAUGGUGAAAGAGGAGGAAGGCAGUGCUCUGGGGGCAUCCGACGAGGCCAGAGGGGAGAUCCAGUUUACCGGUAUCCCCGUUGGAACAACCAAACCCAAACUCAGGGUCCCUCCAUCCAACAACAGAACCAUGAGGAGGAACCAGUCACUAGCCAGUAGCAGCACAACCCAACCCGCAGUCAGCAGCUCCACAGCUGGGUCAGACAGCAGAGACUCUUCCCCUCCAUUCAGACCAGGUGCUGGAGCUCCAGCCCCUCCACCCUCAGCCUCAGUCAGCCAGGGCAGCUCCAGUGUGGCAUCUCCGUCCAUAUCCUGGGUCCCCACGGAGAGAGCUGGGGAGUGGGGUGGCGAGGGGCUGGAGAGAGAGCCCCUGGAGGUGCCCUCCGAACCACCAGUGGAGGAGGAGACAGCCUUUUCUCACUCACUCGGCUCUGGGUUGCCUAGCAACAUGGACGAGGAAGGUGGCAGAGGUGCCGGAUUCAACCAAAGCAACGGAACUCUGGACUCCGCUGGUGAGGAGGAGCCCUGUGUGACCAACCCGUGUGUACAUGAAGGGAAGUGUCUACCUCAGGGCAAGGGCUACAGCUGUUACUGCCCACAGGGCUUCACAGGGGAGAACUGUGAGAUCGACGUGGAUGACUGCCAGUCCAACCCGUGUCUCAACGGAGGCACCUGCAUCGACAAGAUCGACUCAUUCAUCUGCCUCUGUCUGCCCAGCUACGCAGGAGACACCUGUGAGAAGGAUGUUGAGGGUUGUGAGCAUGGAUGGAGGAAGUUCCAUGGCCACUGCUACAGGUACUUCUCUCACAGACACACCUGGGAGGAUGCAGAGAAGGACUGCAGAGAGCAGAGCGCCCACCUCAGCAGUAUCACCUCGGUCACCGAGCAGGAGUUCAUCAAUGGGCUGGGCCAUGAUAACGCCUGGAUCGGCCUGAAUGAUCGCACAGUGGAGGAGGACUUCCAGUGGACUGACGCCAAUGACCUGGUGUAUGAAAACUGGAGGGAGAGCCAGCCUGAUAACUUCUUUGCGGGCGGAGAGGACUGUGUGGUGACCAUCGCUCAUGAGGAGGGCAAGUGGAAUGACGUGCCCUGCAACUAUAACCUGCCCUACAUCUGCAAAAAAGGCACAGUGCUGUGUGGAACCCCGCCCGCUGUGGAGAAUGCCCAUCUGAUUGGCCGUCGGCGGUCCCAUUAUGACAUCCAUGCGGUGGUGCGUUAUCAGUGUGCCGAAGGUUUCUACCAGCGCCACAUCCCCACCGCGCGUUGCCGGGCCGAUGGCACCUGGGACCGGCCCAAGAUCAUCUGCACAAAGUCUCGGAGAUCCCACCGGUACCGCCGCAACCACCGCCACAGCCAGCGCCGGGAGCGUAGGAACCACAGGAGAUACGGAGGAGAGGCACACAUGGAGAGGGGAGAGGACACACACAGCCAAUACUGAACCAAAUACUACACCUCCCACAAUGCUCUGCGCCUGACCGCUGACCUAUCCUGGGGCUGAGGGGAUCAACCCCUCGAAAUGGACAGUAGUUGACAUCUGAACGUUCUCUUUUCCUGACCUAUUUCAGUCUCUAUCUUUGGAUUGAAAUCUCACUUGAGAUACUGUAUGUGUGCAAAACUUUAACUUUCAUGCAAAUGACCGAUUGACAUCAGUGCAAAAAAGGUUCUGUGUUAGGCACCCAUAUCUCAUGUUUUGGAUUUGUCCUUUUUUUGUUGAUUUUGUUUAACCCAUGUCCAUUACUUACAACAGUAAUAGUCUCUCUCUCUCUCGCUAACACGGUCGCUAAUACUGUAACUUAGAAACAGAAAAUCCUUGGCAUGUCUAUGAAUAACCUAUUCUCACUGUUGAAACAUAAAUACAGUGAUGUGAUAAAUACAGUGUGUGUGUGUGUGUGUGUGUGUGUGUGUGUGUGUGUGUGUGUGUGUGUGUGUGUGUGUGUGUGUGUGUGUGUCUGUUCAUGCGUGUGUAUGUGUGUGAGAGAAAGUGUGUAUCCUAUGCGAGUGUGUUUUUAUAAGUUUGAAGCUUGUUCUACAUCUCAGAACAUCCUAAUGUUUGUGUUCUGUUUAUAAAGCACAGAUUUAAUUAAUAAGUUAGCUAGUUAGCUUUCAGUCCCAAUUAACCCAGAGCUUUUGUCUGUAUCCUGUACUUGUUAUGUUCCCUUAGGGCUCCUGAAUAGUAGGGCUGUUUUAUUAUUCAACUUAUGUGCCAUUUUUUAAUAUUUGCUAACUUUUCAUGUCACGUCACUAUUUAUUAUGGACUAGUUAAUACAGUGCCUUGCGAAAGUAUUCGGCCCCCUUGAACUUUGCGACCUUUUGCCACAUUUCAGGCUUCAAACAUAAAGAUAUAAAACUGUAUUUUUUUGUGAAGAAUCAACAACAAGUAUUUGUAUCCAAUUUGUAAGUCGCUCUGGAUAAGAGCGUCUGCUAAAUGACUUAAAUGUAAUGUAAAUGUAAGUAGGACACAAUCAUGAAGUGGAACGACAUUUAUUGGAUAUUUCAAACUUUUUUAACAAAUCAAAAACUGAAAAAUUGGGCGUGCAAAACUAUUCAGCCCCUUUACUUUCAGUGCAGCAAACUCUCUCCAGAAGUUCAGUGAGGAUCUCUGAAUGAUCCAAUGUUGACCUAAAUGACUAAUGAUGAUAAAUACAAUCCACCUGUGUGUAAUCAAGUCUCCGUAUAAAUGCACCUGCACUGUGAUAGUCUCAGAGGUCCGUUAAAAGCGCAGAGAGCAUCAUGAAGAACAAGGAACACACCAGACAGGUCCGAGAUACUGUUGUGAAGAAGUUUAAAGCCGGAUUUGGAUACAAAAAGAUUUCCCAAGCUUUAAACAUCCCAAGGAGCACUGUGCAAGCGAUAAUAUUGAAAUGGAAGGAGUAUCAGACCACUGCAAAUCUACCAAGACCUGGCCGUCCCUCUAAACUUUCAGCUCAUACAAGAAGAAGACUGAUCAGAGAUGCAGCCAAGAGGCCCAUGAUCACUCUGGAUGAACUGCAGAGAUCUACAGCUGAGGUGGGAGACUUAAGGGGGCUGAAUAAUUUUGCACGCCCAAUUUUUCAGUUUUUGAUUUGUUAAAAAAGUUUGAAAUAUCCAAUAAAUGUCGUUCCACUUCAUGAUUGUGUCCCACUUGUUGUUGAUUCUUCACACAAAAAUACAGUUUUAUAUCUUUAUGUUUGAAGCCUGAAAUGUGGCAAAAGGUCGCAAAGUUCAAGGGGGCCGAAUACUUUCGCAAGGCACUGUAUAUGUUGAUUUUUUUUGUUUACAUAAUCCAACAAGGCAAUGUAAUACCUGUUUUCUUUAAUGUACCAUUCUCUUACAAUCAAAAUGUGUUAACCAAAAAACAAGUUAACCCUUUGAUUGCCUGUACUGUACUGUAAAUACUGUGGUUUUUGUUUGUUAUUGACUGACACCUGAUUGAUACGUGACCCGUGUCCAGCCAUGUGUCUCCCAUCGGCAUCUCAACUAAUAUUCUAAAACAGCCCCAUCGAUCUAAAUGGAAUAAAAUAGGAUAGAUUGAAGUACUACGGACUGAGACAAAACAUUCCCAAGAUAUCUACUCGAUCGCCAAUAGACCCAGUCUUUGCACGGCUCCAAUAUGUGAUGGGUAGGAUGCCAUGAAUCUGGUCCUUGAUUGGUCUUCACCCCUUUUUUGGUGUUGUUAUGAUGUCCUGUCCAGCUGUUGUGUUCCAUUCUUAAUAAAGCUAAAAAAAAAAAAAAA